CGAACAAACUCUCAUAUUGUGUCUAUCGCUGUUUUAGAGUUAAAUGGAGCUGAAUGCAGCUUUGCGGGGCGUUUCUCCGGACUGAGCAUGUUGUCAGCAGCUGAAACUAGUACAGAAUAUACCGCCACUGGGUCGAUGCCACAAUAAGCAUGUCGGCAACUACAUGUACGUCUUCGUCUAGGCCCCCGUUUUGUGCGCCUUCGUCGACCUCACCAGACUCGUUAAGACUACUUAAGGAUGCUGCUUGGACCAUCUUCUGGCAGCAGAGCGCGUCGCGCGCGUCGUCUACCCCAGCUUCUGGCGCUACUGUGUUGCUUGAGUCGCUUCCCGACGUCUUAGACAAAUGCGAUCCUCAUACCUCCAAGCGCAGCUUGUUAGCUCUCCUCGUGACGACCUUUCAAUCUCAAUACGCACACGCUGUUCUGCUUUCUUGAUCCAUCCUUCGCCUCCACCUUGAGAGGCUUGCGACGCUUACCUUGGUCGUAGGUCUUCUUCGUUAUGGUGUCCGCUUGGCCAUGCUUGUUGGUCUGCUCC